CCUGCAGCUGUAGGGACGAGCUGGCCAGACUAUGGCCCAGGGUACAGUGAUCCACGUGGCCCCCGAGCAGCCCACCUAUGCCGUGUGUGUGCUGGGCACCGAUACUCAUCUGGAUGUCUACAGCUCUGCCCCCCAGGGCUGCACGUCCUUCAGCAUCAAGGCCUCCCCAGGAGUGGUCGUGGAUGUUGCCCACAGCCCCCCAACCAAGAAGAAUCCCACAGGUUCCUCCAAGUGGCCCCUGGACCCUGGGCUGGAGGUGAGCCUGAGGAUGACAGCUGUCAGCUCUAGCACAGGUGACCAGAAGGUUCAGGUUUCAUACUACGGACCCAAGACCAACCCAGUACAAGCUCUGCUCUACAUCACCGGGGUGGAAAUCUCCUUGAGCGCAGACAUCACCCGCUCUGGCAAAGAGAAGCCGACCAAAGCCAGGAAGGACCAGAGGACCUGGACCUGGGGCCCUCGCGGGCAAGGCGCCAUCCUGCUGGUGAACUGUGACAAAGACCAUCGGAAAUCUUCCACUAUGGACUGCGCAGAUGCCAAGAUUCGCAAUACAGAAGACCUGCAGGACAUGUCCCUGGUGACCUUGAACACAAAGACCCCCAGGGAUUUCUUCAGCAAGCAUCAGCUGGUGCUCCACGUGGCCAAGUCCGAGAUGGACAAAGUCAGAGUGUUCCAAGCCCGUCGGAAAAAACAGUCCUUUGAGUACAAGGUGAUCCUGGGGCCCCAGCAGCCUUCUCACCUCCUGGAGGUCCCGGGCGGCCAGCAUAGCACAGACUUCUACAUGGAGGGCCUAUCUUUCCCAGAUGCCAGCUUCCCAGGCCUCAUUUCCCUCACCAUCUCCCUGUUGGACACAUCCAAGCCGGAGUUCCCCAAGGCCCUGGUGUUCCAAGACAGUGUGGCCUUCCGUGUGGCCCCCUGGAUUAUGACCCCCAACACUCAGCCUGCAAAGGAGGUGUACGUGUGCAGUAUAUCUGAAAAUGAGGACUUUGUGAUGUCAUUGGGUGCUCUGGCCAAGAAAGCCAAGUGCAAGCUGACUAUCUGCCCCUUGGAGGAGAACAUGGAGGACCAAUGGAUGCAGGAUGAAAUAGAGAUCGGCUACAUCCAAGCCCCACACAAGACGAUGCCAGUUGUCUUCGACUCUCCGAGGAACAGAGGACUGAAAGAGUUCCCCAUCACACACCUGCUGGGUCCAGAUUUUGGCUACGUGACUCGAGGGCCCCAAACAGGGGACAUCAUUAACAGCCUUGACUCCUUUGGAAACCUGGAAGUGAGCCCCCCGGUCACAGUCGGGAAGAAGAAAUACCCACUGGGCAGGAUUCUCAUUGGGGACAGCAGUUUCCCCAGCAUUAAGAGCCAAGAGAUGCACCAGGCCCUGCAGGACUUCCUCGCCGCCCAGCAGGUGCAGGCCCCUGUGAGACUCUACUCCGACUGGCUGUCUGUGGGCCACGUGGACGAGUUCCUGAGCUUCAUUCCGGUGCACAAGAAGGGCUUCCGGCUACUCCUGGCCAGCCCCAGGUCCUGCUACAAACUGUUCCAGGAGCAACUGAAAGAGGGCCAUGGGAAGGCUCUGCUUUUCAAAGGGGUCAAGAAAAAAAGCCUGCAUAACAUAACAGACAUUCUGUCAAACAAGAAAUUGAGAGAACAUAACUCAUAUGUGGAGAGCUGCAUCGACUGGAACCGGGAGGUGCUGAAGCGGGAGCUGGGCCUGACGGAGCGGGACAUCGUGGACAUCCCCCAGCUCUUCAAGCUCCAUUCAGACCCCUCAGGGACUCUCAAGGCCGAAGCCUUUUUCCCAAACAUGGUGAACAUGCUGGUGCUGGGCAAGUACCUGGGCAUCCCCAAGCCCUUCGGGCCCAUCAUCAAUGGCCGCUGCUGCCUGGAGGAGAAGGUGCGGUCCCUGCUGGAGCCGCUGGGCCUCCACUGCACCUUCAUCGACGACUUCUACACCUACCACCUUCGGCACGGGGAGGUGCACUGCGGCACCAACGUGCGCCGGGAGCCCUUCUCCUUCAAGUGGUGGAACAUGGUGCCCUGAGCCCAGCCCCCUGGCGUCCUCUCCCUUGGGAAGCUCCUGGCCAGAGGCGCUGGUCCCCUGCAGUGUGGCAAAGCAAGAGCUCUUGGGGAUAUUUUGGCUCCCCAGGGGGUGGCCGCCCUUCCAGCAGUGGCUUGCUUGCUUCCCUUGUGUGCCACCCAAAGAUCCCAAGAUGGUGCUGGCAUUGCAGACUUAGCUGUGCUGUAAGAAGCUGCAAUAAAGUUUUAUAAUCACUUUGUA